CAUCUUUGUCGCUAUCCAUCACUUACACCUGCAAUAAUUCGCCGAGGGCUUGCCUCGUAGUUAGCCAUCGGUUCAUUAUGAAGUUCAAUAUCGAUGACCUGCCUGUGCUAUUCCCUUAUCCCAGGAUAUACCCAGAGCAAUAUGCGUGAGUUGUUGGGCGUUGUGGUGUCCGAAUGGGAGAGAUAGACUAACCGUGAGGCGCAUUAAGUUACAUGUGUGAUCUCAAAAAAACACUAGAUGCAGGGGGCCACUGUGUUCUGGAAAUGCCUUCGGGCACAGGCAAGACCGUGUCUCUUCUGUCACUCAUUGUUGCGUACCAACAAUACAUGCCUGAAAAGCGCAAGCUGAUCUACUGCUCUCGUACCAUGUCCGAAAUUGAAAAGGCAUUAGUAGAGCUGAAGUCUCUCAUGAAAUACCGAGCCGAGCAGCUCGGUUAUGAAGAAGAGUUCCGUGGUCUAGGCUUGACAAGUCGAAAGAAUCUGUGUCUACAUCCUUCAGUCAAGCGUGAGAAGAGUGGCGCCAUCGUCGAUGCUCGUUGCAGGAGUCUCACGGCCGGCUUUGUCAAGGAGAAAAAGGAACGUGGAGAAAACGUAGACGUCUGCGUGUAUCACGACAACCUAGACCUUCUUGAGCCUCACAACCUGAUUCCUAAUGGCGUCUGGUCUUUCGAUGACAUGAUUCGAUAUGGUGAAGAGCAUAAGCAAUGCCCAUACUUUACUGCACGGCGAAUGAUGCAAUACUGCAACGUCGUCAUCUUCUCCUAUCACUAUCUGCUCGACCCCAAAAUCGCCGAACGGGUAUCAAAGGACUUUUCCAAGGACUGUAUCGUUGUUUUCGAUGAAGCUCACAACAUUGACAACGUUUGCAUCGAAUCUCUCAGCACAGAUAUCACAGAGGACUCUUUGCGUAAAGCCACAAGAGGAGCUCAGAAUCUAGAGAACAAGAUUUCACAGAUGCGUGAUACAGACCAGCAGCAACUACAGAAUGAGUAUGAGAAACUAGUUCAAGGACUGCGUGAUGCUGACGAGGCACGUCAAGAAGAUGCUUUCAUGGCAAAUCCUGCCCUUCCCGAAGAUUUACUCAAAGAGGCUGUUCCAGGAAACAUUCGGAGGGCAGAACACUUUAUUGCUUUCCUCAAGAGAUUCAUUGAGUAUCUGAAGACGAGGAUGAAAGUGCGCCAGGUCAUUUCUGAAACGCCGCCUUCGUUCCUUGCCCAUCUCCGAGAGCAUACUUUCAUCGAAAAGAAGCCUUUGAGGUUUUGCGCUGAACGUCUGACAUCACUGGUUCGGACCCUCGAGCUCACCAAUAUUGAAGACUACCAGCCUCUUCAGGAGGUUGCAACUUUUGCAACGCUGGUGGCAACGUACGAGAAAGGCUUUCUCCUUAUCCUUGAGCCUUUUGAGUCCGAUACUGCUGAAGUCCCUAACCCGGUCCUUCACUUCACCUGUCUUGACGCUGCCAUCGCUAUCAAGCCCGUCUUUGACAGGUUCUACUCUGUCAUUAUCACGUCUGGUACUAUUUCUCCACUGGAGAUAUACCCCAAGAUGCUGGAUUUCUCAACUGUCAUUCAAGAAUCCUAUGCCAUGACCCUCGCUCGGAGAUCCUUCAUGCCUAUGAUUGUCACUCGAGGCAGCGAUCAGGCUUCCGUCUCGACCAGCUUUCAAGUGCGGAAUGAACCCAGUGUGGUUCGAAACUACGGCAACCUACUCACUGAAUUUGCCAAGAUCACGCCGGAUGGGAUGGUUGUCUUCUUUCCAUCUUAUCUUUAUAUGGAAUCUAUCAUUAGCAUGUGGCAAGGAAUGGGUAUCCUUGAUGAAGUUUGGAAGUACAAACUGAUCCUGGUGGAAACCCCCGAUGCACAGGAAACCUCGCUUGCUCUGGAGACGUACCGCACAGCGUGCUGUAACGGUAGAGGUGCCGUUUUACUCUGUGUCGCCCGAGGAAAGGUAUCCGAAGGCAUCGAUUUCGACCAUCAAUAUGGUCGUACUGUGCUAUGUAUUGGAGUUCCAUUUCAAUACACCGAGUCACGUAUUCUCAAGGCUCGUCUUCAGUUCUUGAGAGAAACAUACCGCAUCAAGGAGAAUGACUUCCUCUCCUUUGAUGCAAUGCGACACGCCGCACAGUGUCUUGGCCGAGUCUUGCGUGGUAAGGACGACUAUGGAAUCAUGGUCCUUGCCGACCGUCGAUUUCAGAAGAAGCGCUCACAGCUACCCAAAUGGAUCAAUCAAGGCCUCCAAGAGUCAGACGUCAAUCUGAGCACCGACAUGGCCGUCAGCAGCGCAAGGCGAUUCCUUCGGACUAUGGCGCAACCGUUCCGGGCUAAAGACCAGGAAGGCAUCAGCACCUGGGGAUAUAAGGACCUGAUGGAACAUAAGGAGAAGAUGGAUCUAGAGAGGAUCAAGGAGCUUGAGGAGGAAGCUCAACGGCCAAAGCCUGCCGCGCAGGACAACAAUUUUGAGUACCACGAUGACGAGUUUGACCAAGAUAUGAUGGAGAUGGAUGGUUUCUAGACUCGUUCGAGCAACUGCGAUACCAGAUGUUAGCGGUUUAGACUGCAAAACCAAAAGCAUAUCAAGUUGUAUCAUAUUAUUUAGAUUAAUUAGAGAAUGCUAAAGCCGGUCUAA